AUGCGUCCGGUGUACAUGAGUAGUAAAAUGAAAUGUAAAAAUAAUAAAAAGCAAUUAUCAAAAACAACAUUUAAGUUCUGUGGUCAUCAAGGAAGCCUCACAUCUGAUUUUGAUAAUAUUAAUAAAAUUUUACAUAAUAAGAAAUUACAGCUUGCAAGAGGCGGAGGUGCAUGGAAAAUAAUGCCUAAAGAUUCGUGUGAAGUUUAUAAAGAACGACGUCAGCGGCAACUUGAGCGCAAUCGACAAUCAAGCGAGAAAGGCAGUAAUAAAAAUUAUAAUAAUCCUGAGAAAAAGAUAACUAAAAAGCCAUCAAGAACAGCAAGACAGAAUUACAAAUAUGGGCAAAGAAGGCUCGAACGGAAGCGACGUCCAUCGUGUUCCUGUUGCAGUUCUCAGACGUCUUGUACAUGCUCAACGGAGACAGAAACAUUUUGACCUGAGUCCAGUAAUUAAUAUAAGAACUUAGCCACUGUCAAUGAAGAUAAUUUACAAACUUUGCUUAUGGAAAUUAUGUGAAAUUAUAGAAAUUAAAAUGUG